CGACCACCAACAUCCUUACUGCAUACACUCGCGGGAUUCCUGGCCCUAGAGCAGACAACCCAGCUUGUCACCUUGCAAAGCCUUAAUCUCUCUAUCUGGUCACCUACAGUCCUGUACCUGAGAUGUCCUCAAGGGAACCAAUGUGGUAUUGUCAUGAGUGUCAUGCGGAAAUGAGACCUAUCAUGGCCCCAGGUCCUAUCUGCGCCUCAUGUCGGGGCUCCUUCGUAGAAAAAAUGGAGAACCCCGAAGACGAUCCUCGUACAUUCCAGCAGGCCGGCGGCUUCGAAGACGUCGCCGGCAACGUGGACGUUGAGGCUUUUUUAGGUGGACUGCAAGGUGUUCUGGCCCCCCAGCCAGGGAAUAGAACUGCUCGCUCACCACGACCAGAAUCGCCCCGUUCCCCAAGGUUCCCCGAAGGAAAUUCCAGCUCAAGCGGGUUUAGAUUCGAGUUUCGCACUGGUGGUGGUAGCGGAAACGGGGGCAGGUCAUUUGUCAUAGGCGGCCCUAAUACGCACGGCGGACGGACAAAUGAGUGGACCAACGAUCGCGAAGACCCAACCAUGUCCGAAUUUCUCCGACAGGGUAGCCUAGAUGCAGGUCACGACCGGCCUAACAUCACAGGACCCAUGAUGGCACAGUACCUAAUGGCGCUUUUGGGAGGCCCCACUGGGCGAGCAGGCGGCACGGAGAAUCCACUUUUCGAUCUCCUCAAUGGAGGAGAUGGCGGGGAUGCACGCGGCGGAAGAUGGGGAGAUUACGUUUUCAACCAGGAAGCUCUUGAUCAAGUAAUUUCCCAACUCAUGGAAAACUCCAACGCGGGUCGGCCUGUUCCUGCCACUGAUGAAGUCGUCGAGAACCUUCCCCGAGAAGUUCUUGAAGAAGGGUCCCCGUUUCUAGAGAAAGAUUGUGCUGUAUGCAAGGAACAGUUCAAACUCGAAACCGAGGACCCUGAUGAGCAGGUCGUCGUUACGCUGCCUUGCAAGCAUCCUUUCCACGAGCCUUGCAUUCUACCAUGGCUUAAGUCAAGCGGAACAUGUCCUGUUUGUCGCUACGCUCUCGUUCCCCAACCCCAGGCGCAUGGACCUGGACCUACUCCUGGGUCAGGGCGCCCUGGAGGAGGCCAAAGUCCUACGGGAGACUCACCUUCUGGAUCCAACAAUCGCAGUUCAGGAUCGCCAGGCGCUGGAGGUAGCGGAGGUGGUAUCUUCCAAUCUUUGUUCGGUGGUACAGCGAGUGGUGCAGCGAGUGGUCGCGAUAACCUUAACCGGAAUACGUUUACUUCACGAUCGCAGCCCCCAGAACCUAGGUCGAGCCAAGGAGGUGCGGAUGCCACUCACAACACACCACUUUUCCCAGGUGGCUGGAAUGACCAGGUUGAUUGAAGGAUCCUAUAGAACCUAUUUUUUCACGACGAAAGGAAUUAUUGUCUAGUAUAUGUCAGGCGCAAGCAUAGAUCUGUAUUUUCCCAUUUCGCCUCUUGGUAUCCCCCAAACGCCAUUGUAUCAUCACG